GGAUUUUAUUUAUUUAAUUAUUUGAAGCCAAAGUGAGGUUAGUGAUGAAAUAGCAGUGACAUGUUACAGUGAGCUUCCUGUACAUGGAGGAAAAUGGCAAAGGCAGAUCCGCUGACUUGCUUUUACAGUAUAUUUCAGGUUCACGCCAGGAUGUUUGUAUAUUGAGGUCAAAGUAAAGCAGUUGCUUGGGAGCGUUUAACUUUUUCUUGGGGAUGAGAACUGAGGUGCUAUUGGUUGUCAAACUGUGUUUGCAGCCAUGUCUUUAAAGAUCUGUUGAACACACUAAAACACCAGUUUGUCCCACUGUCUUCUGGCAGCACAGCAAACACUCUUUUAAGCUGCAGCUCCCAUUAUGUUCAGCGUUGGUCUAUUUGUAUGUUUGUGAAAUACAGGUUGGUGUAGAAAGAAAGUCCUACACCCACGAUGGGUGUCACAGAAAGAGGUGGUAGAAAAGUUUUGUGCUCUUCCUGUCGGCUCCUCCUCCAAUCAGCUGAUUUGCAGUUUUGGGCUGAUGCUCUCUGCUGAUUCCUUUACAGAUAACAUGUGUAGGUUAUUCAUUUGAAAAGCACUUGACUGUCUUUUCAAAAAUCUGUCUUUAUGCCUUGUGUAUGCUUGUAGUUUUCUUUCACACAGACAAUCUGAGAAUAGUUUCUUGACAUUUAACAUGCAAGAAAUGCUUAUGCUUUUUUAGGACUUUUGUUUAUUUUGAAAAUUUAGCUGUAAAGGUCAGCAGGUGAAGUAUAGGACACAAUGAGAACCGUAAGAGCACAGGAACAGUAAAAUAGGCUUUGUGUUGCCAGAUUGUGUCGACAGAUUGAGCGGAAUUACCUUUUUGACCCUAUUUCACCUUUGUCUACAAAGACAUACAGUCAGUUAGCGAGCAUGCAUGUGAGCCCAGCUAUUAGGCAUUUAUGACAUCCACAUGCACAGGAAAAGGCUUUUGAGUUGGGUUUUUGUUUUGUUUUUUAAUCAAGUUAAUUUAUUGUCUAAUUGGCUCAUGUUUUCUUGUACAGAUGACAAGAGGUCACUUGUGGAAGUCAUGGGAUAUUUUUGUGCAGGGAAAUGGCUACUGUUCUUAUGCUUUAUCUGUAGCAAAAUGCACGUUUUCACAUGUUCUUUAUGAGGAAGUGCAGACUAACAAGGUAGAAAAAAGCACUCUUCAAUCGGUACAACGUGGACAAGAUAUGUGACAGAGACAUAAGCUACAAUGGAAGAAAAAAGAGCAAUGACGAAGAAGAGGAUGAACAUUUUUUCCUUUAUUGUUUUUGUGUUUUUGUUUUUUGAUGCAGUGUGUAGUAUCAAUUACAUGUACGUGGAUAUAAAAACUAUACAUGUACUGUCAAGCAGAACCACUGACACCACAGGCACCUACAAAUACACACACGCACACGCAAACACUCACACACAUACACCACAAACUUCCCGCGUACUCAUAUCUCUCAGUCUUUUACUGACAGUGACUGUGCCAGUUUUGAGAAGGGUGAGUGGGUGUGUUGACUGGAAACAAGCAGCAGUGACCCAGUACAAAGCCCUCUCAACCAAGACCUAACCCUCAGUAUGGAGUUGUUGGCUCCACAGAGGAGCAUGUUUAAGUCCUCAACAUGUUCAGUGAAGGAGAAAGCAACCCAAGCGGGCCGGGCAAGUGGCCUGGAUCUGCAGUCGUAGAAGGAAAACAGAGACCUUAAGGGUGUUGAAGAUGGCGGUGUGGAUCCAGGCCCAACAACUUCAAGGAGAUGCCCUCCACCAGAUGCAAUCUCUGUACGGUCAGCACUUUCCAAUUGAGGUGCGACAUUAUCUGUCCCAAUGGAUAGAGAGCCAGCUCUGGGAUGCCAUAGACCUGGAGAACCCACAGGAGGAGUUUAAGGCCAAACGCUUACUGGACAGUCUUAUACAGGAGUUGCAGAACAAGGCUGAGCACCAGGUUGGGGAGGAUGGUUUCCUUCUUAAAAUUAAACUGGGACACUAUGCCAACCAGCUCAAGAGCACGUAUGACCGCUGUCCUCUGGAGCUGGUCCGAUGUAUCAAACACAUCCUUUACACAGAGCAGAGGCUCGUCCGAGAGGCUACAAACUCAAACUCUCCAGUGGGUGGAAUGAUGGACAGCAUGUCUCAGAAAUACCAACAGAUCAACCAAGCUUUUGAGGAGCUUCGCCUGCUGACCCAAGACACUGAGAACGAUCUCCGCAAGCUCCAGCACAACCAGGAAUACUUCAUCAUCCAGUACCAAGAAAGCAUGCGCAUUCAGGCUCAACUGGCCAGCCUGGCCACACUGCCCCCUGCUGACCGCCAGCUACGAGAGCCUGCCCUUCUGAGCAAGAAAAACACUGUGGAGGCAUGGCUGACGAGAGAGGCCAACACACUACAGAAAUACAGACUGGACCUGGCAGAGAAGCACCAGAAAACACUGCAGCUGUUGAGGAAGCAGCAGACUAUCAUUCUGGAUGACGAGCUGAUCCAGUGGAAGAGACGGCAACAACUGGCAGGCAAUGGGGGACCGCCGGAGGGAGGCCUGGACAUCCUUCAGUCCUGGUGUGAGAAGCUCGCGGAAAUGAUUUGGCAAAACAGGCAACAGAUUCGGAGGGCCGAGCAUCUCAGACAGCAGCUGCCUAUCCCUGGACCUAUUGAAGAGCUCCUCAACGAACUCAACAGUACUAUCACAGAUAUCAUUUCAACACUGGUCACCAGCACAUUCAUCAUUGAGAAACAACCUCCACAGGUCCUUAAAACCCAAACUAAGUUUGCCGCUACAGUGCGCCUUCUAGUGGGAGGCAAGUUGAACGUACACAUGAAUCCCCCACAAGUCAAAGCCACCAUCAUCAGUGAACAGCAAGCCAAGGCCCUGUUGAAAAAUGAAAACACAAGAAAUGAUAGCAGUGGUGAAAUUCUUAACAAUAACUGUGUGAUGGAGUACCACCAGACUACAGGCACUCUGAGCGCCCACUUCAGGAACAUGUCUUUAAAGAGGAUCAAGCGAUCGGACAGACGAGGAGCAGAAUCUGUCACGGAAGAGAAAUUCACCAUUCUGUUUGAGUCCCAGUUUAGUGUUGGAAGCAAUGAGCUUGUCUUUCAAGUGAAGACAUUAUCACUUCCUGUAGUGGUGAUUGUUCAUGGUAGCCAAGACAAUAAUGCCACUGCAACUGUAUUGUGGGACAACGCUUUUGCAGAGCCGGGCCGGGUGCCUUUCCUCGUGCCAGAUAAGGUGCUUUGGCCUCAGCUGUGUGAGGUCAUCAACAUGAAGUACAAGGCAGAGGUGCAAAGUAAUCGAGGUCUGUCGGAGGAGAACUUGGUAUUUCUGGCUCAAAAAGCCUUCAGCAGCUCCAGCAACAACCCUGAUGACUACCGGAGCAUGACUAUGACCUGGUCACAGUUUAACAGGGAAAGCUUGCCAGGGAGGAACUUCACAUUUUGGCAGUGGUUUGACGGUGUGAUGGAACUCACAAAAAAGCAUCUGAAACCACACUGGAAUGAUGGAGCCAUCCUGGGCUUUGUGAACAAGCAGCAAGCUCAGGAUAUGCUCAUGUCUAAACCCAACGGUACCUUCCUCCUGCGCUUUAGUGAUUCUGAAAUUGGAGGAAUUACAAUUGCCUGGGUGGCAGAAAAUCCUAACAAAGCAGGUGAAAGAAUGGUUUGGAACCUCAUGCCCUACACAACCAAAGACUUUACCAUUCGCUCUCUGGCUGACCGCAUUAGUGAUCUCAACCACCUUCUAUUCCUCUACCCUGACAGACCCAAGGAUGAGGUUUUCUCCAAAUACUACACUCCGCCUCUCUCUAAAGCAGUUGACGGUUAUGUGAAACCACAGAUCAAACAAGUUGUGCCUGAGUUUGCCACAGCCAAUCCAGACCCAGCAAGUGGGAAUCCAACUUACAUGGAUCAAGGUGCCUCUCCAGCACCUGUCAGUCACCCUCACACCUAUGGCAUAUAUCCAGCUAUGGGUGACUCUAUGUUGGAUGCAGAUGGAGACUUUGACCUAGAUGACACCAUGGACGUAGCGAGGCAUGUAGAAGAGCUUCUCCGGCGGCCUGUAGAGAGCCAGUGGAGUGGCCAGCAGUCGUGACCUUUGACUGUUUAACUCGCAACAAAACCAAAUGAGCCCUGCCUAGCAACUUGCCCUACUCUCAUCGACAUGGUUUAAUUCCAUUGGUCUCUCUCAUUUUUUUCAUAUUGCUAUAAUGUGAAAUGUUCAUAAUGGUUGUGAUUUUUUUUUUUUUUUUUUUUUUUUUUUUUUUUUUGCUUUCCAGCAUGAAAACAUGCAUGUCAGUGACUUCUUAUUGUUUUUAUUUGUGUAAUCAGUGUUUGUAAAAGAGUAUAAUGCAAAACCUCUAAUGUUACAAUAUUAUGAAAAAGAAGUAAUGGUCACUCACAUAGUGCAUGCAUUUUCAAUUGAUUUAAACUGAUUUUUAAAAAUGCUACUGUAUGAAGUUAUUUUAGAAGUUGAAUGUUUUUAUUUUAUAUCGUCUUCUUUGUAAAUGGGUUAUUACUAUUUUAUUAGUGACAUUGAACGUGCCCUUUGACAAAAAAAGAAAGAAAAAAGAGAAACUUUAAUGAAAAGUUUUGAUUUUGCUCCUAACAACAUAAUCCAAGUCACUGCUCUGGAGAGUUACAGUCAUUUUUCUUCAAACCCAUAUACACUAACCUAAAGGCAGAGUGACUCUUUGCUCACUGCAACUGACAGCACACACGCUUCAAAGAUACACAUGCACAAAUUUAAGGUGUAUUUGUUUCUGAUUUGUUCACCAGCUGAAAGGAGGGGAGAAUUAUGUACCUCCCUUGCUCUCACAGGGCUACUUUUUCUUCUGUUUGUACCUGAAAUGCAAAUCUGAGCAUCUACCCAGUGCUGCCUGCUUGUCCUCUCAGGUCCCUCCGUGCCCCUCAUCAGUGCUACCUCGCAUUAUUCCACUGACAGUCUCUGUUAAUGAUUCUCUUGUUGUUUUCUGCACCACAUUCACACCAUAGGUACGGUCAGAGGUUUUACCUUUUUUUAAUUUGCAUUAUUUUGUGUGAAGACGAUCCCUUGCUGCACAGGCUAACUCUGUUGGCUGUUUUUAUGCUUGAAACUGCUCACCUGGAAAACACCGGAAUCAUGAAGUGUCACGUCUGAUUGUUAAUGCCUGAAUAUUUGAGGCUGUUCUGCUCCAAUGUGACUUUUCUGCCUUUUACCUUUUAGUGCAUAUAUAUAUUUUCAUUUUUUGGGGGGGGGUCCUGUAGCUACAUUAUGACACUGUGGCAAAAGAAAGUAUGUGCAUGCUUCUGUGUGACAACAUGACUGUUUCAGGAGCAGAAGUUGAAAAGCAUCUAUGAACGAGUGCAGACUUUAAAUGCUUGCACAUACUCACAAGCUGCUGGGUCAUGUUUAGGAUUCUAGGAUGUUUCUUUGCCUGACUUUUGAUUUCCCAUAUACCCCCACCCCUCCUCUCCCCCCUCCUCCACACACACAUAAAAAAUAAUUGUCUUGCAUCUCAGGAAUGAAUCACUUUGCUUAGCUGAUGUAUAAGCCAAAAAGAAGAGAUCUAUGUAUACAAAAUAUAUGACUUUAUUUUCUCUAUCUUAAUUGUAUUUUAUUAUUAUUGUUUCUCUGGCACUCCCAAAUUGAAUGUAACCUUUUGCAUGACCGUAUAAUACUCUCUCCGUCAGAUAAGAAGUCCCCGUUGACCAUAAGUAGCAACUGAAAAAGGACGCACGGCAACUGGAAAUUAGAGGUGUAGUUCUGUGUUUGUCCAGUAAACACAACAGUAUUUGAAAUAUUUCUUUUCCUUUUUUUAAAAAAAUUUUUUUUUUCUUUUGCAUCACUUUCUUUCCUGUUUUAGAAAUCUCAAGCUACAUGGACAGUCUUGUGCUACGUCUCUCAUUAUCAUCACUUCUGAGCUUUGUUCCACUGUAGUCUGUGUAUUUUUUUAACGAUAUAGAUGGCGCUGUGUGCUGUUUUAUGUACGUACCCUGUUUGUGGUUUGGGUUUAUGACUUGGAAGUUUUCCAAGCGAAAAAGCUGUUGAGUUGAAAAGAAGGAAAUAAAGUUUUAUAAAUAAUCUGAA